UCAUGAUUAGAAAGCGCUUAAGUCAACAUGAGUUUUUCUCUUAACUUUUAUUCGAUUCGUAAGUUAUUAAAUAUAAAAAGAAGCAAAGCUUUUAUUACAAAUUCGGUUCGGUUGCAAAGUGUACAACAUGCUGCACCAAUUAAACGUAUUUGCAUUGUGGGUGCCGGUCCAGCUGGAUUUUAUGCAGCUCAGUAUUUGCUAAAACAGCUGAGCGAUUGUGCAGUAGACAUUGUGGAGAAGCUUCCUGUGCCUUUUGGACUGGUGCGCUUUGGUGUUGCACCCGAUCACCCAGAGGUCAAAAACGUCAUCAACACAUUUACAAAAACAGCUGAACAUCCGCAAUUACGUUUUUUCGGUAACCUCACUCUAGGCACAGAUGUGAGCCUAGAGGAGCUCCGCGAGCGCUAUCAUGCCGUCCUACUCACUUACGGCGCCGAUCAAGAUCAGGAGUUAAAACUGCCCAAUGAGCAAAAGGCACAUGUGGUUUCAGCCCGUAAAUUUGUUGCCUGGUACAAUGGACUUCCAGGGGCCGAGGAUCUACAGCCCGAUUUGAGUGGCAGAGACGUGUGUAUUGUGGGCCAAGGAAAUGUGGCCGUUGAUGUGGCACGAAUGCUGCUAAAUCCACUGGAUUCUCUAAAGUCAACGGAUACCACGGAAUAUGCUCUGGAGGCUUUAUCACGAAGUAAAGUGGAGCGGGUUUACUUGGUUGGCAGACGAGGGCCGCUGCAGGCAGCAUUUACAAUAAAAGAACUGCGCGAAAUGCUUAAAUUGCCUAAUGUGCAAACGCUUUGGCGUGCUGGAGAUUUUAAGGGCAUAGACGCCGAUUUCGCCAAGCUCCAACGCCCACGUAAGCGGUUGACAGAGCUGAUGUUGAAAAGUCUUGGCGAACAGAGUACUAAAAGCGCAACAGAAAGCAGAAAACAAUUUCUUCCUGUGUUUCUACGCGCACCAAAGUCAAUUUUCGAUCGAAAUAUGGAGUUUUCCAUCACAGAACUACAGAAUAAUGUGGCAGUGGCCACAAAUGCCACAGAGCAAUUACCAGCGGACCUCGUGCUGCGAAGUAUUGGCUACAAGUCGAGCUGCGUAGAUUCUAGUAUUUGCUUUGAUGUCCAACGUGGUCAGGUGUUCAAUCAGCGAGGCCGCGUUCUUAAGGAUGCCAAGUCACAGAUUGUGGAUUCUGGCCUUUAUGUUGCCGGAUGGCUGGGCUCUGGGCCCACAGGUGUCAUAUUGACAACUAUGAAUGGGGCUUUUACGGUAGCAAAAACGAUUUGCGAUGAUAUCUUGAGCCAUUCAAUUGACACGUCCGCCCCCAGGCCGGGUCUGGAUAUUAGCGGCAAACGCGUCGUUACGUGGGCAGGUUGGCAGCGUAUCGAUCAAGCCGAGACCCAAGCCGGCAAGGAGAGCAACAAGCCGCGUGAGAAAAUCGUCAGUGUACCGGAAAUGUUAAACAUUGCGGGCGUGUAAGAUUUAUGUAGUUUCAAUUCUGGGAGUGUUUUCUAUACUUGCAAUAAGUAUGUAAAUUUGUAUAAAUACUUAUAUGUAUAAGAAGCAUUGUUGAUCAUAGUUAAUAUUUAGUUGCAUAAAAAUCGGAAUUCAAUAAAAAAAAAUGUAUGUAAGCAA